AUGAGUGAAGCAAACAAAACUUCUGACAAUAUCAAUACUCAAAUUGAUUAUACGACACCAACACCACGUUUCUCAGUGACUAAUGAUAAUACAUUAAAGAAUGGUUUGGCUUAUUUGAUGGAGAAUGGAUAUGCUGUUAUCAGUGAUAUUAUGAAUCAAGAUGAAAUUAUUGAAAACAAGAAUUUAUUAUGGAAGUUUAUUGAAAAUGUUAGUAAUGGUACCAUUCGUCGGGAUGAUCCUGAGACAUGGUCAAACGGAUGGCCAAGUUUCAGUACUCAUGGUGUCAUUGCUGGACAUGGUAUUGGUCAAUCUGAUUUUCUAUGGAAUGUUCGAUCGAAUCGAAAAGUGAAAAAAGUCUUUACAGAUAUGUGGAAUGAUCAACAAUUGGUGGUCUCUUUUGAUGGAUGUGGUAUAUUUCGUGAUUGGCGUUAUAAUCCAAUAUGGAAAACAACUGGUGGUUGGAAUCAUGUAGAUCAAAAUCCCAAAGUAAAACCCGAUCGAUGUUGUGUUCAAGGUUUAAUUUCAUUAACGGAUCAAAACGAAAAAACUGGUGGUCUUAUUGUUUAUCCACGGACACAUUUACGUUUUACUGAAUUGUCCGAUGUGACAAAAAAUUCCAACGAUUUCGUCAGAGUUUCUGAUGAUCAUCCAAUUAUGAAUCAAGGUAAAACACUUGGUAAAUUGGUACAUUGUCGAGCAGGUGAUCUUAUUAUUUGGGAUAGUCGUACAGUUCAUUGUAAUUCACCAGCAAUUGCUCCUGAAGAACGAAAUAAAGAUGAACCUGUCGAUCUCUUACGUAUUGUUGCUUAUGUUUCUAUGAGUCCAAUUUCUUUCGUACGUAAUCAAACACUUGAUGAAUUUCGAGAAAAACGAAAACAAAUGGUAGAAAAUAAUUGUACUUUAUCACAUUGGAGUACAGAAUGUGUUUUAGGAGGUGAUGUCAAUACUGGUUUAUCUAAAGUAACACUCGAUAAAUUCAAUACUUAUCAAAAAGCUCUUAUGUUUGGUUUUGAGGAUAAUAAUGAGGAAUAA